CAAUGGAUUCUCUAACAAAAUCAAUCAACCAAUUUGCUCUGGAAUUUAGCAAAAAGCUAGCUGAAACUGCUGAGGGUCAAAAUAUUUUCUUUUCUCCCUGGGGCAUCUCAACCUGUUUGUCCAUGAUGUAUCUGGGGACCAGAGGUACCACUGCUGCCCAAAUAGCCCAGGUGCUUCAAUUUAACAGAGACCAAGACAUCAAAUCUUAUCCCGAAAGCGAAAAGAAAAGGAAAACGGACUGCAACUUGGGGAAGGUUGAAGAAAUACGCUCCGAUUUCCAGACACUUAUCUCAGAAAUCAACAAACCCAGUAACGCCUAUGUACUUAAAACAGCCAAUGGGAUAUAUGGGGAGAAAACAUAUCCAUUUCUCAAAAAAUAUUUAGAAGACAUGAACACCUACUUUGGUGUAGAGCCGCAGUCUGUUAACUUUUUGGAAGCUUCUGACCAGAUCAGAAAGGAGAUCAACGCUUGGGUGGAAAGCCAGACUGAGGGUAAAAUCCUGAAUCUCCUCCCUGAUGAUGCUGUGGAUUCUGCAACCAGAAUGGUUCUGGUGAACGCGCUUUACUUUAAAGGAACCUGGGAACAACAAUUCCUAGUCCAAGACACUAAGGAGAAGCCUUUCAGAAUAAACAAGAAUACAAGCAAACCAGUACAAAUGAUGUCGAUGAAAAAAAAGCUUCAUGUUUUUAACAUAGAAAGGCCACAAGCCAUCGGCCUUCAACUCUUCUAUGAAAGCCGUGACCUCAGCCUGCUCAUACUGCUGCCAGAGGAGAUUGAUGGGCUGGAUCAGCUGGAAAAGGCUGUCACCUAUGAGAAGCUGCGUGAGUGGACCAGUGCGGACAUGAUGGAGUUGUACGAUGUGCAGCUGCAUCUUCCCAAGUUCAAGCUGGAGGAGACUUAUGAUCUCAAGUCAGCCCUGAGCCGCAUGGGGAUGACUGAUGCCUUUAACCAGAGCAAAGCUGAUUUCUCAGGAAUGUCUAUGGAGAGAAACCUAUUUCUGUCCAAUGUUUUCCACAAGUCCUUUGUAGAAAUAAAUGAACAAGGUACAGAGGCCGCAGCUGGCACCGGGAGUGAGGUGGGUUUUCGAAUUAGACUCCCCACCAUUGACGUGAAUGCAGACCACCCUUUCCUCUUCUUCAUCAGGCAUAAUAAAACCAACACCAUUCUCUUUUACGGGAGAUUCUGCUCCCCCUAAACCUGCCUC